AUGAAAACGGAUUACGCUAUGGAUGAGAUGCAGAAGAGAACCUCUUCAAUCAUCGGUCUGUCUGAUGUGACAGACAAUAAGCUGAUCUGGAGGCAGCUGAUCGCUGAACUGGCAGGAACCUUCGUGCUGGUGUCCAUUGGUGUGGCGUCCUGCAUCACCAUCCAAAAUGCCAACGCACCACAAACGACUAGCAUUGCACUUUGCUUCGGUCUUCUCGUUGGAUCUAUUGUGCAGGCCACGGCCUAG